UGGUAGUGGCAGGACGUACGCGUGGUGCCGAACGAUGCGCAGGCGAGGUGGUUUGUCGCGUCGAUGUGUGGCGUCGCCACCUUACGGGCAGCACACUAGGGUAUGUACGGCCGGCUCGACUUAAGUUCCUAUUAUGAAGAAAUAAAGUCGGGUCGACCAGAGUUCUAGUUAUAUAUCGUUUAUUUUAUUUAUUUUAUUUAUUUCGCCACUCGAGCCAAACUUCCUUGGUGAAUAAAUAAGAAUAAAUGAGUAUGAAGGGUGCUGCGUACGUGGAGGCUUUAUUUGAGUUACGCGGCGUCGUGUGGGUUGGGGAAUGCAGGAGAUGGAACCCCAGGCACCCCCUUGUACAGUAACAGCGACUGGGGCAAAGGCGAACAGCAAGAGGUUGGCGGUUAGUAUUGAAAACCCAAGGAUAGUGUCGGACAUCAGAAUAAGUGACAACGUCACCAUAUCGGUUGCACCGAGGACUAGGGGGGACGAGGAAGGUGAUCCCUUUAAGCCUAGUAGGAAAAUUCAGAGGAGUCCCACGAUUGGUGGUAGGCCCGAUAUUGAAGUAGCGGAAGAAUCGGUGGUGUACCGAAACUGGAUUGAAAUUAGCUCAAGACAAGACGGAGGUGAUUCUACUUACCGGAAAUCGUAUCACAAGGUCAAGGACGUCAAUAUGGGAAAGGUGUGUGUCAUGGUUGAUACUCUAAUAGGAGCGAUUAGGACAUCGUUGCCGAACGUCAAUGGGCCCACCGACUCAGUUAGGAAACUAUUACGGAGUGCGGGAGUCGGUGGUGCUUUAUGCCACACCGAUAUGUGUCAAGGCCCUAGCAAUACGGAAAAACAAUAACAUUCCGAAGAUGUCGAUAGUGAUCGAAUAAAAGAUGAAGGGAAGAGUAGCUCUAUUGCAGAGAGGAUAAUUGGACCAGAAAGCUGAUUGACGACGCCUGCAUUUUUAAUAGAGAACGAUUAGGAAAGAGACACACCCAAGAUGCUGGGAUUGUGAUGUCGAAGGUGAAGAUGCAGAGCAUGCGUUGUUCAAUUGCCCCAGAUGGGACAAUGGAAGUACAUUGUUGGAUAAUUACGUAGGCGAAAUACUGGCAACCAAUAACGUAAUCGACGUGGUCGUCAAUAGCGAGGAGAACUGGGCUAGAUUCCAAGGGCUUUGCCGAAAGAAAAUGAUAGCUCAAUCAGAUAGACAAGAUAAGGAGAGGAACAUGGAGAGAAGAAGGAGAGGAUUAAUUAGAAGAAGAUCAUAAUAAGAUGAGAGGUACACUCAGUAAGAAGACCAACCCUGAAGUAAUGCCGAGAGGUGGUUCCAGGGUUGGUUCUUGUACCGAUAGAGGAGAGAGACAGAGGAGGGGUUUUUUGGUGGGCAGAGGUGCUAUCAUCUUGCCAAGUCCCGCAUAAUCCAGGCGCGCGCUAACGUACCUAGUUAUGCGUAACUGCAUUCUCCUCUCCUCUCAAAACAAAAAAAUGUGCAAAAUAGGAAUGAGUAUGGAUAUGAAUUUUUAAAUUACUAUCUGUCAAUAAAUAUCCACAAUUAGUAAAUUUAGGUUUAAGAUUAUAUUAUAUUUGGGUUAAUAUAUAAAUGCGAAUGAUAUUUUACUAUGAAAUGCAUAAA